AUAACAUAUGCUAUAAACGGAGUUGACAUAUUUUCUUAACUAUGACAAGGUUUCUCAGAAUGACAGUUCUUCCUUUCCUUUUAUCAAUAGUGGUUAUUUAUAACUUAUACAUUUUUUUCCUAAACAAUUACAAUGGAAGACAAUACACUGGGAAGAUAGGGAAAAGCAACAUUUACCAUUACAAAAGCAUGGAACAAAACAAUCACAAUGGGACACAUUUGGAUGCGAAAAUCCCAACAACAUUGAAAAUGGAUGUAAGCGCAAUAGAACAAAAUCUAACGGAUAUUCUUCAAAUAUGGAAAGGGAAAGUAGCUCACAAUUAUUUGUUUUGCUUUGCCAUGUCAUCACCAAUAUUCCUGUCACUUGUUCAGUUUGAGUAUGAUAAUGAUGACAUGUAUGCAUUUAAUUGUGAUAGCAUGAAGACUAUCCUACCUCUAGAAUCUUGUGGAAAAGGAUACCAUAAAGAAUGUCUUAAAGGAAUAUAUUCUGGUGAAACUGAUUUGAUUCAGCGUCUAACUUUUGGAAAUGAAAUAAUUAUUCAAAAUGGCACAAAAGUAGUUAUAAAACAUUCAAAUAAAGCUGAUAUUGAUUCAAACUGGAUCCAAGAAAUCCAUCUAAUAACCAUGAGAGAGAUAAUGCUAUACUCUGCCCUACAGAGUGAGGACUUAGCGAUUCCACUGGGAUUUUGCAUACAAAGCAAAAAUGGGAAUUCCAGCUCUAUGAAAGAUAUGAAACGUCAUAUGCAUAAUAUUCUCUAUGAUCCUGAAUAUAGAGAACUGGAACAGAUAACUGUUGUUUAUGAAUACUUAGAUACAAUAGAAAGUUACAUAAAGAGUGAAUCAAAUCGAUCGGUGGCAGCUCUUGAUGUUUUUAAUCAGCUCAUGAAUAUUGAUCGACGACUUUACUAUACAUCGAUAGGUGUAUCAAAGCACUUGACCUUUCGAGAUGUGAAGAUGGACAAUUAUCUGGUACGGUAUGGCCCAAAAGGAUCCCGUUUAGUAAUUGCAGAUUUGGAGACCAUUGAUGUAAGGUAUAACACUGAAUUUACCAGGCAGUGUAACAGAAAUGCACCACUACAGGUUGUAGAACUUACCAGGAAAAUGAUGAGACGUCUUCAGCACUUUAUGCCAGACAACUUUCCAACAAACUUCUUCGAUAUAUGGACACAGUACCAAAUAGGGUUGUGAGGCAUAAUACUAAUAUGAUACACUGUAUAAAAUAGUUGGUUCUCAUUAGUGUGGCAAGUAUUGAAUGACAAGUUCAGGGCAAUAAUAUGAUUUAGACUCACCAUAGAAACGUUUCAUGUUGUCCUCUGCAUCACUGAUAUCGACUGGAGUGUAGCCAUUGCUGGUAGUGGUGGUGAUGGUUUGCUGUGUGGUGGUGCUGCCAAGGGGUCUACUUGAGCUGCCAGGGGUUCUACUGGUGUUGCUUAGGGGUCUGUUUGCACUCAUGUUAUGUGGUAAGGUAGCACUUCUGACUUGAUGGUUGGCAAAAUCUUUGGCAUCCUGCAAAAUAAACAAUAAAGUAAAUGAACUUAAUAACAAUGACAACAAGGCAUUAACAUGACAAAAUGUCACCAUCUAAUUGAUCACAAUAUUAUGAGUUCGAUCAUAAGUCAGAUUUGAAUUUCUGAGAACUCUGAAGAUGAUUUUGAAAAACAUUGGUCAACUUAAAGCAAUUCUUUUGACCCUGAGAAGAUCAUUGAAGGUGAAAUCUCAAAUCUAAAGUCAGUUUUGAACUUCUGGGAACUUGUAGAUGAUUUUGAAAAAAAAUUGGUCAAUUUGAAGCAAGUUGAAAAAAGACCUUUUUGACCUUGAGAAGGUCAUUAAAGGUCAAAUCUUUUUUGACCUUGGGAAUGUCAUUGAAGGUCAAAUCUAUAGCCAUAUUUGAACUUUUGAGAACUUGUAGAUGAUUUUUAAAAAAAAUUGCUCAAUUUGAAGCAAGCUGAAGAAGAC